UUCACUUGGUUAAUACUACUACUAUUCAAGUGUUUAUCAGCUGUAUGAGAUGUCCACUAUAUCCAUGUGGAAUGUUCUAGAACGCCUCAAUUGUUAUCAACUUUGCCUGUUGUUAUGGUGACCACAUUCUAAUUUCACACCUUUUUGUUUGUGACAGAAUUAUUCUGGGGUGGAAUAAUCCUGGGAAAACCUGAAGUGUGUUUUUCAAACAUGAAGCAGUCUGUCAGUUUGAGGCAUCGUUUAUUUCAAACGUGAAAUUGUGUAAUUUAUGAGAGCAAUAAAGCCAGGAGAAAAAAUACAUGAACGUAGUCUUUGUAUCUACUCAGCACCCACUGAAGGAAGAUGGAUAUGUAUGAGAACCUUGGCGUCGUGGGUGAGGGGAGCUAUGGUACAGUGACGAAGUGUCGACACAAGGAGAUUGGACACAUUGUGGCCAUCAAGAGGUUCAAUGACAAGGAAGAGGACAAAACCAUGAAAAAGGUUAUCAUGAGAGAAAUCAAACUUCUGAGGAAAUUUCGCCAUGAAAACCUUGUGAACAUGCUGGAGGUAUUCCGGUUCAAGAAGCGCUUGUAUGUUGUCUUUGAGUACAUUGACCGCACAGUUCUGGAAGACCUAGAGAGAUAUCCUCGUGGUUUGGACAGCAAGCGCCUCAGAAAGUACAUGUUCCAAAUUCUACGAGCCAUGGAUUACCUUCACACCAGCAAUAUCAUUCACAGAGACGUUAAACCUGAGAAUGUGCUUGUCUCUAACUCUGGGGUGGUGAAGCUCUGUGACUUUGGGUUUGCCAGAACCUUGGCACCGACUGGGGAGCCUCUCACAGACUAUGUGGCCACGAGGUGGUACAGAGCCCCAGAACUUUUAGUGGCAGACAACACUUACAGCAAACCUGUAGAUGUGUGGGCCAUUGGCUGCUUGAUUAUAGAGAUGGCUACAAGCAAUGCUUUUCUGACUGGGACUUCUGACCUGGACCAGGUGCACAAAAUAGUCAGCAAAGUGGGGCCUUUGACCCGUCAUCAGCAAGACCUGUACUUCCAGAACCCCAUCUUUGCUGUGGCCAGCCUUCCUGAGGUGCAGCUCCCAGGUGCAGCGCCCAGGAGGAAGUACCACAAACUCCACUUCUUAGUGGCUGAAAUAGUGGAUUCAUGCCUACAGAUCGAUCCAUCUCACAGGGCUGCGUGCUCCAUGUUGCUCGUUCAUCGGUACUUCACCAAAGAUGGGUUCGUUGAAAGAUUCAUACCAGAGAUACAGGCAUUGAUACUGAAAGAUGCCAAGGUUAACCACAUGCACUGGAUUCAUAGUAACUCAUGGGAGCCACAAGAGGACCAAGGAACAGGAGUCUUGUCCUCAUCCUCAUGUAACAGAAAGCCAGUGAAGGACACUGAGAAGGACCGACGUGGGAAGGAGCCUGAGCAGAAGCAUUCUAGGGCAGGCAGGAGGUCAGAGAUCAGGAUGACCUGCAGCCCUGUCUCAUCUCAGACAAACAGACAGCCCUUUACCUCCACCUCUACCUCUACCUCCAUCCCAGACCCCCCUCAAUCUCAGGACAAGGCUGUAGCCUUUACCAUGCCCCGCAUCAACGCCAGCAACAAUCUUUUCGCUGCCGUCCCCGUCCCCUGCUGUAUGGAAGUCACUAAGUCCCGCACUGAUAAGGUAAAGAGACGGCCGAGCCCUACUGACCUGGCCAUGGGGAAUAGUCAGCUGACUGAUGCCCCGUCUCAGAGUGACAGCCAUAAUAACCUUCAGGUUGAGAUGUCCAGUCUGGCUAAAAAGAAGGUGAAGUCAGUGAGAGACAUGAGAGAUGUGCGCUUCCCUGGACUUCCUGUGUUCGGCCACCAGAUAGAGCUGAAGUUUACAGAUGUAAAGCACUCGAGGAAGGAGCCGAAGAGCAGAGGAAGAGAAGAAGACUCCAGAAUACCAUCAUUGCCGUCAUCCGAUUUCACUGACCACGGAAAUAUAUAGGUUUUGGAGGGAACAGUACUACCAUUGAGAGUUGAAUUUUGAACUGGGUCCUGGCACUGGAUGGUUUCUGUCCCUAAACAACAUUUGACUGAAGAUAAUAAAAAGAAUAACAAUAAAUGUUUUAGACAAACUUGGUUUUUGUGAUAACAGAGUAUCUUUAACUUCAACAGUUAGAAGAAUUUAUUUUUUUGUUCCACUUUUCAGUAUUUUAUCCACCAGAUCCCUCACUGUGCCCCACCAACCAUUUAAAAAGAAAGAUAUUGAAAUUAAAGAUACCCCCCCAGA